AUGAAUUCCAUUCGACAAAUUGAGCGCUUAAACGAGCUGGAGAUGGAUAAACCAUUGAGCAGUUCAUGGCACAUGGAUUACAAAGACAGUGCCUAUAUUUAUAUCGGAAAUUUGGAUUAUGAUUUAAACGAAGAAGAUAUAAUUACCGUUUUUUCAGAAUUUGGCGAACCUACAGACAUAAACUUGGUUCGCGAUAAAGAAACAAAGAAAUCGAAAGGGUAUUGCUUUCUGAAGUACGCUGAUCAGCGUUCAACGAUAUUAGCCGUAGAUAACAUGACAAAUGUCAAGUUACUCGAUCGACUCGUUCGAGUCGAUCAUGUUGCUAGUUACCGAGUUCCCAAAAAAGGAUCCGAAGAUGGAGCCGCCCCUUCUGAAAUAGGCAGCCAAAAUUUAGAUGCUCUUUAUCCUCCUUCCCUUCCACGAACCGAACUAGAGUCUGCUGAACGGUCACCUGCUCCUGAUGAGCAUGCUGAGCCCUUAGAUGAGAAGGAUAUGUUGGAUCCCAUGCACGAAUACAUUAAAAAUGAAAAGCGGAGAAAAGUGGAUGACGCGCAUCAUUCUUCACACUCUUCUCGCACCCGUAGACACCGUCACUCGGACAGACACCGACAUACCCAUCGAAGACAUCGUGACAAGUCUCCACGAGAAAACUAG